CGCUCCCUCAUUCUCUGGUUUUGAGGAAGAUAACAUCUGUUUUCUGAAAAAUCACCAAAGUCAAGGUCAAAGCUGAGGCAAAUCUGAUCAAUUCUUCCAAAGUCAAACCAAAGUCAAACCAAUUGUCAAAGUUGGUCUAAUAUACACCGUAAGGUUCGGAACUCGUAGAUAAUUCAAUCAACCUCGUGUCAAAAAUCAUUUCACAACAAUCAACUACUGAUGCCUCCCCUAACUCAUCAAAAAAUAUUCGAUCAUCAAUAUGCUGAAAUUCUAGAUGAUGAGCUCAGGGAAACUGUCAUGUGUGGUACCUGUUCAGAUUGCUCCAUACACAUGGCAGGUAUAACAAGUUGUGAGCAAUCAACCCUUGCACAAUCUGAGGGGGAGUUUCAGGUUUCUCCUCAUGUCGCCAUACAACGACAAAGCAAAGAUUCUCUUAAAGGAUGCAACACUUGAGGGGGAGUUUUCAAUUUUAUCCUCCCCAGUGCCAAAUGAUCACAAAGCAUACCGAGUGCUUCAGUUGAGGGGGAGCACAGAGAGAAAAUAAAACAAAGGAAUGAGAGAGAAAUGAGAGAGAAGUCCUGAUGGCUUAGUAAACCCAACUAAGCCUAGCUACCCGAGGGACAAAGCCAAGAGUAAGCGAGUGAAUGAAUGAGUGAGUGAACUCUAUGAGCGUUAGGAAGCAGUAGGCUCAAUCGAGCAAGAGAACAAUAAUCAAUGAUAAGUCUGCUACCUCAACUGCCUGCUAUCAAUUGAACAUUUACUCCCAGUCACUCAAAUAUUCUGGACAAUCCCCAUAGGUUUAGGACUGAAUUUAUUCAGAUCCCGGGUAGAAGUCACUGCAUCUUGUCCGACAGUGCAUACAUAACCCUACCCAAGACUAGGGCUGAGCACGGAUCUGGGAAUUCUCGUUCCGUACUGAAGAACCGCCCUGAACCGCUCCAGAACCGAUAGAACCGGAAAAAUGUAAAACCGUACCGUACCGAGCUUUUUUAAUAAUAUGGUACGGACCGUACGGUACUGGUUCUUAGUGAGAACCGUCCCGGAACCGUCCCGGAACCGUAUUGUCCCGAACCGUCCCAUACCGUCCCAAAUUGUCCCGACAACUAGUGUUAGAUUAUAAUAGUAUAUUAUACAUAAUAUAUUACCGAGUAUAAAUGUUAGUGACCAUAUGUCCCGAAAAUUAGUGUUAUAAUAUAAUAAUACUACGUAUAUUAUAUAUAACAUAUUACCGAGUAUAAAACUAUAAAUGUCAGGGAUCGUAUGUCUAUAUAUUACAAAUAUGCAAUCUUGCAUAUUCUUUGGCCAUAAUCCAAUUGAUAGAGUAUUAAUUCUAAAGAGAAGUGAGAGCUAGAGAGAGAAAGUGAGUAAUUAUAUUUCUCAACCCCCUAUAACUAGCCCCAAGGGGUCUAUUUAUAGGUAAAAAUGUGGAUUUGGGCUCCUAGCCAUGGGCUUAGGAGGCCCAUUACAAUAAUCAUGCCUCCUUUGGGCGAAAUAGGGCCACUAAUGGGCUGUGUACAAUACUUAGUAAAUAAAGUAGAGAGAUGCAUUCUGCCCGUACGAAGCCGGGCCGACGCGGUGCCUUUUGGCCGAUGCGGUCCCAUGGCCGAUGCGGUCCAUGGGCCGAUGCGUUCCCGGAAGUCCAUGCGUGGUUCUUGGGCCGGUUUGGUUUCUGGCCGAUGCGGUCCCACUGGCCGAAGGGGGCCGCGUGGGUGUUCUGGUUGUCGUUGACUUGAGUAUGUGGGCCAUGGGGGCCGGGCCCAUAUACUCUAUCAGGAGUCCCCCACUCUCUGAGCUGAGGCGAAGCCGAAGCGAAAGGGAGUAUUUGUUCCUUCCUGGCUGGCCGUUGCGAGAGCUCGAGGCGCUUGGUGGCCGGAGAGUUUCUGCCUUGAUUUUGGAUGAAGCGGCUUCUUCAUUUGAUGUAGACGUAGCGCGCUUGAGGACCCACAGCCUUGGUGCGGCCGAUGCGCUCUCCGUGAAGUGUUUUGAAGAUGAUGCGGCGCGCUUUCUCUUUCCAGUAGAUGUGAAUUAUGGAGCUGGCCUGUUUCAUCAUUAUUUGUCGGGGCCGAAGAGGUCCCACAUACUUUUGGCCGUGGUGGUGACAUAAUUUCAUGAAGCGAAGAUGUUUGAUCUCGUUUGUGAGGUCGAUGCGAGCCGCACGCUUUUGAUCUGUUAUGCGGCCGAAGCGCUUUGACUUGUGUAUUCUUGCUUUAGUGAGCCGACGCAGUCCCCCCAAUGUGCGUAGUCGUUUGCGCGCUGUAUUUUGUAUUAGUGUUUUAAAUUUUCGGGGUCUGUAGCCGAUGCGAUCCGCAAUGUCAUUGAGGUGAUUCGCGACUAAUUAGUGAGCCGUAGCGCACCCUUUUUGCACUUAAGGCCGUUGCGCUCCCUUUUUUAUGUUGUUUUCUUUCUUGUGGCCGAUAUAGUCCCCCAGUCCCCCACUCCUUUGGCCGAAGAGUAUUUGAGGCACAAGGGAGUCAUGAUGUUCUCGGGCCGAUACGGUACCCUACGCGUUAGUCGUGAGUCCAACCCUUAGGCGAACCUGUCCAAGGUAACCCUGUGGGAGAACCCUUGGACGAAGGCCGCGAUACCAGGGUCAUCAUCGGACGAUGUGCGCGUGAAUAGCCGUAGCGGUACUUGUGUUUCUUGGGGUUGCUUUGGGGCCGUAGCGUGUUUUGCUGAUGCGGCCAUGUCUUUGGUAAAAUUUGGUCGUAGCGAGAUUCUCCUUGGUUUUGAGUGAGUAGGCCGGUGCCUACCCCAGAUUUGGGGCCUGUUGGGCCGUAGUGGUGGUCUUUGAGUGGAAUGUGAAAAGACAGGUGCUGAUUGGUUUUAGGGGAGGCGCCGUUGAGGUGGCCAAUUGGAGAUUGCCACGUGUAGUGACCGUUGGAGGGGUGCCUAUAAAUACCCCUAACCCCCGAGGCGAUACCUCAUUUGCAACCUUGCUGAACAACGAAGUGCUGUCAAACUUUCUAGAGAGAGAAACCUUCGGAGUGUUCCUUCAAGUCUCCAUCACUCUUUUCCAGAUCUUCAAAUCUUCAAAGGUUAGAUUCUUCUUUGUUCUUCAUUUUUUCCUUAUACUUUGCUUCCUAGGGGGUUAGAUCUAGUGUUUGUAGGGAAACCACUUUGAUCCGAAAAACCACCCUUAGGGAUAAGCUUUUAGAUGUUAUGCCGUUUCCUGACGACCGUAACGUUCCCUCCCCCGUUGGUUUAGCAGCCUCGUUGGACGAAGAGGACUGGCCCUUUGACGAGGAGGACGAAUCGCCUCGAAUCGACUUGAACCUAGUGGACGAGCUGGCCGUUGAGAUGGAAAACACGGCUGAUUAUCGCACCUCGGUGGACGAGGAACGUUUGAGCGAGGACGGUGGUGCUCAAAACUCUGGUGAGGACGAAGCGACGUCCAGUUCGCCUCUGAGGGGGGAUGGGACCUCUUCGUCGGCCGCUAUUCCUUGCCCCCCUCCGCUAUCUUCUGUAGCUGGGGAAAGCCCUUCAGCUCCCAAGACGAAGAAACCGUAACGGCGGAAGCAGCGUAAGGGAGUACCGCAGGGGUUUUCACAGUUAGAUCUCAGCAAUUUGUACAUCAUUCGGCCGGAGGGGACCCUCGGCGAUUAUCACGUUGCGCAGCUGUACGUCGGUCCCUACGGCCGUGUCAGAGCCCCCUUGCCGUCGGAUCAUGUUCUGAACCCGCCUUUGGGCUAUUUUGGUGUCUACCCGAUGAGUUUUGCCAAGGGUCUGAGAUUCCCUCUUCAUCCCUUCAUCAAGGAGUAUCUUGAGAUGGUGGAGCUCCCUCCGGCCUUAUUGACUCCUAACAGCUUUUCGCUCAUCAUCGGCUUCUUGAUCCGGUGUAAAGAGUUGGAGAUUCCGCCGACGACUGCCCUGUUUAUGAACUUGUUCCGGAUAGGCCGAGGGAGCCAUCAAAAUUGUGCCGGCUACGCAACCCUGCAGCAGAUUAGUGGGAGGAGGUCGUUUACGGAUCUCCCUACGUCCAUUCAUGGCUGGAAGGCCAAGUUCGUGUUCGUCACCUUGGGUCAGGGUGGCUUCUUUCCUUCCAAUGGUCACAGCGGCCUCUUUGAAUUGCAUACCCCCCCUUGGAGUGCCGAAAUAAGUAAUCAAGUAGAGGCCUUUAUUAAGGGGGGGCCGAGGAGCAUCAAGACGUACGUUACUGAGUACCGGAUGGCUGCUCUCGGCUUUGUGAGAUACUAUUGUCCUGGUGAUGUCGAUGAUGAUCUUUGGCCGAAGAUGAUGGGGUCUUAUGAGCAAGCCGAUGGGCCCCGUCUAGGCGUGCCGGCUGAGGCCGAAGGCUUCGAUAUGGAUCGCAUGUCAUUUAUGGCUCGGGCUGCCAGGAAGGCCGAUGCGGAGUUGAAAGCUGCUCAAGCUGCCGAGGCAGCAAAGAAGUCUGCGGGCGGUUCUCAAGGGGGUGUUGAGGCCGCUAAGAAGCCUGUGGCUAAGAAGAGCAGGAGGGCUGCUGAUGAGGGCCAAAAGACUCUGGCCGAAGCGGGGCUAAAACUGAGCCAGGCUUCGAAGAAGACGAAGAGGGCUACAAUGACUGAUGAGGCCGGCGCUCCUUCUUCUCAGGCUGUUGCGGAUGUUCAGCCGCCGGUGCUCCCUCCUGUGAAUGAUCUGCCCUCCUCGGCCAUGGUGGCCUCGGCUUCUCGUGUGCUUCCCUCCACGGCCGCUGCUGCCCGUCUGGAGGAGGCUCUUGCUAAGGGGUCGUAUGAGGUCUCCGUACGAUACCCUGUCAAAGGUGGUCUUUUCAACGAGACCGUCGGUGGUGAUGACAUGCUUGCUCAGGCUAUGCCUGAGUAUGAUCGCCAGUAUCUCGGCCGACAAGGCCAGCAUGUUCGGCUGUACGACGGAGGGAUGGACUAUGUCGUCCAGGUAAGAUAUUUUCCUUAGUGAUUUUUUUCUUUGCUUUUGUUUCUCUUCUGAUUUCAAAUUCCGCUUCGUCCAGGGUGCCCUAAUGCUGCGGGAGCAGCACUGGAGACAGGAAGCCGAAAUAGAGCGGCUAAAGAAGAUGGAGGCAAAGGCUGUCUCGGCCGAUGAGGCUCUCCAAGAUCUGAGGAACAAGGCCAAGGCCGCGGAGGGUGAAAUGAAGCUCCUUCAGCUGCGUCUUGAUGAGGCCGAGUCAGCCCGGAGAAAAGCUGAUGAGGCCGUUGCCGUUGCCGUCCAAAGAGCCGAGGAGGCGGAGCGGCUCAAAGCCGAGGCGGAGGGGGCUGCUGAGAAGGCCGUAGCCGACUUCAAGGCCGAGGGGUGGAAAGCCGAGGACCAGCUCCCCUUCUGCUAUGAGGUGGUUGCUGAGAGGUUGAAUGAUUGGACGACGAAGGACCCCGCCGGCCAAGAAUUCUGGAUGAACGAGAUGCAAGCUUUCUACGACUGUGGUCAGUACAGGAUGCAGAAGCUGAUCUACAGGAAGCUUCGUCGUCGCUUCCGGAAGAUGAGGCCGAGAGGUCUGAGUCUCCCUCGGCGAAUGAAGAAUCCUGACGAGGAUUUGAAGCUCCCCCUGUUGGAGAGGCAGCCCCCGAUCCUAAGCUCGUCUGAAGGGGAAGAGCCGUGGAGUGAUAGUGACGACUAUUUGCUCGAAGGGCCUGCCGACUCCCAAGCCGAUGAGGGUGGUGGUGAUGAUGAUGCCGAUGACGGCCACGGCGACGGUGCUGUUGAUGGUGGAGUGCCAGCUAAUGUUGUAGCUUAGUAUUUUCUUGUAUUAGUUUUUGUAGCCAUAGCACUGAAGUGCAUGUAAUGGCCGAAGCGCCCACCUCUUGUAUCUUUUCAUCCAUUAAUGAUAAAUCUUUUUGUCACCAUGAUUCCCUCGUCGUCUUUGUAGUUAAGUAUGUUUGCUCUUGUAAAAUUUUCUAAGUGUCAAGGCUGUGUCUCGAGGUCGUUGGCGUCCCUUGAUUGAGGCGUAGCGAUUUUCUCGCCUUUACUGUCCUUGGGGACGAUGCGUCUCCUCAUCCCUUAGUGAAUUUUUAUUUUUUCCUUGGCAAAUCUUGUCCACGUCUCAAGUUUUGGGGCUUAGUCUUGAAGUGUUGAGGACGAAGCGAUACCCAGUGGUAGUGCAACGUUACCUUAGUGAGACUCGCCUUGAAGCUGUGGAAUGUAGCUUCAUGGAGACGACGCGACCCGUCGUCCGAACCGUGAAAUGUGGUCUCGUAUAAUCGAAACCAAGGCGAUUUCCUAUUAUGAAGCUGUGGUUGAGGCCGAAGCGUGUGUCUCAGAUUCCUGUAUGGUGAAGACCUGAUAUGUACUUAGCCGAUUUUGAGGCUUGGCUUUUGGGGAUUUUAUUUUUUGCUCGAGGCCGGCGUUUGCGCGGUCCGUCGGUUUCCCC